AUGACUAAAUCUUCAUUUUUACAAGCGUUUGGACUAUUCAGUAGCAGAAAAUCUCUACCAAAGGUUAUGAUAUCUGAUAACGGAACAACUUUUCAAGCAGCAGCAAAUACAAUACGCAAAUUAAUGAAUUUUACUACUGUAAUAGACACGUUACACAACCAUGGUACAGAGUGGAGAUUUAUACCCAAAGCGCGCUCUCUGGUUUGGUGGUUGGUAGGAAUGAUUAAUCGGUCUUACAAAACAGCUAUCAAGAAGGUUCUUGGUAAUGCAUACGUAACUUAUGAUACACUCAAAACAAUCGUAACAGAGGUAGAAAGCGUCAUGAAUGACCGUCCACUGACUAACGUUACGUCAGAGUCAACCGACCCAGAACCAUUUACACCAGUUCAUUUGCUAUACGGACGUUUGACAACCGUGCCUUACUAUGAAAAUAUAUCCGAACCGAAACCAGUUUCAAGAGAUGGGAUCACCAAACAAGCGAGUAUACAAGCACAGAUCAUUAGCCAUGUCCGGGAUAGAUGGUGCCACGAGUACAUGACGUCAUUACGCCAGUAUCACAAAACUACGGGAAACAAUAGCCAAACGAUUAAGGUCGGCGAUGUAGUAAUAAUUCAUGAUGAAACCCUAAAAACACAGUGGAAAUUAGGAACUUUUAAACAACUGAUCACUAGUAAAGAUGGAGUGACACGAGCGGCCAUGGUUCGCACCAGUAACGGGCACACUACAUCAAGACCAAUUGUAAAGCUGUUCCCCCUUGAGACUAUGUAA